AUUGCUUCUGCUACAAACACACAUCUCUCUCUCUCUUUCUCUCUCGUCUGUGCUUAGCUCUCCCACCAAAACCUAACUUCAAAUCCAAAUCUAUAACUGAACCAUAAAUUUCGUUUCACAUUUAUCACUCGAAGCCUCAGUGAGUGUGAGUGUGUGUGUGUGUGUGUGUAAGAGAGAGAUAUGGAAUUGGAGCAGUCACUUCCGUACGAUCGGCCAUCGAUGACUUUCGAUGAGGUCUCCAUGGAACGCAGCAAGAACUUCGUCAAAGCCUUGCAGGAACUCAAGAAUUUAAGGCCUCAACUUUAUUCUGCUGCAGAAUACUGUGAGAAGUCUUAUCUUUGUAGUGAACAGAAAGAGAGGGUCCUUGACAACCUAAAAGAUUAUGCUGUACGAGCCCUUGUGAAUGCUGUUGACCACCUUGGAACUGUGGCUUCCAAAUUAACUGAUCUUGUUGAGCAACAAACCUCAGAUGUCUCAGCCAUGGCACUUAAGGUCUCAUGUCUGAAUCAGCAACUACUAACAUGUCAAACAUACACGGAUAAAGAAGGUCUCAGGCAGCAGCAGUUGUUAGCAUUCAUCCCAAGGCAUCACAAGCAUUACAUUUUGCCAAAUUCUGUUAGCAAGAAGGUACAUUUUAGCCCGCACAUACAAACAGAUGCUUGGCAAAGUCAUAUUCAGACAAGACCUCAUCAUUACCCUUCAGGCAUCCCAGCUUCAAAAACUCUGUCUUGGCAUUUAGCAUCAGAAACUAAGUCUACCUUAAAAGCAGCCCCACAUGCUUUGACGAGCAGUGACAAUCCAAAAACUUCUGAAAAAACUUCCGGGGUCUUCCACUUAGUGGAUGCUGAAGAGAGUACCCGAAUGAAAUCCUCAGCAACUCAUCUCCAGUUGUCUGGCAGAGGGCAUGCUUCAAGUGCAGCUAUGCAACCAUUCAGUGCUGCGCGGAGGGAGGGCUCGAAACCUUUGACAGCUUUCAAGUCAUUUGACAACCCAAACCGGCUUCAGAUUAUUCGCGCACCUGUCCGCAGCAAGAGUCUGCUGUCAUCUUUCUUCGUAAAACAGAAGAAGACAAAACUGAAGACCAUCUCAUGAAUCCUCACUCAAUGAAGCAAAUCGACUAUACCAUUCAGCAAACCACCCACAUUGUGUGGGUGUAACAGCCUAUGCUUGUUGGUGAUCACUUGAUUCAUCCAUUAAUUGCUCAUAUAUCUCCAAACCUUUCGUUUGGUGAUCGAUAACAAGAAGUGCAUCAUCGUCUUGGUUCGGAUCAGUGUUAUGUUGUAUUCUGUCUUGUAUGUAUGUAUGGUUAACUAACUAGCAGUCCUGUUGUGAAGAUGGUUUAUAUUGAUCAAGCUUUGAUGGUUAACUCUAAUUUCUGUUUCUUGUCCUACUUAUCUGGGAUUUCAGAUCUGGAAAUUUACUUACUGUUUUCUUUGGAAAAUCAAAGCAGGUCAAGAAUUUGCUUGAUAUGGUGGGAACUUA